UUCUACUUUUGUUUCAAUUGUAUACUUUUCAACUUUCAACUGUCACUCCCUCCCACCCUAUCUUCCCUCUCUUUUCAAUCAUCACGCAUAAUUUGUACAACACUGCUGUAAAAAAACCUUAAAUCUUCUUUUAAAAUUCAAUAUUAAUGGAAGGUCUGAUCAAGGGUCUUGUCGACGUAGCGAUCGGCCACCACGAUCGACGCAACAACAACGACGACGACGACAACAACAACAAUAACAAUGAAUCGAUCGAAGAACGUUCUAGAUCCUCUUGGGCGCAGGUAGUGUCCGGAGAACAGGACAACGAUCAAAAUGAUCAGCAGAAUUCUUCUUAUAAUGCUAAUCAUAAUUAUGGAGGUGCUCAGAAUUCUCAUGUCCCUAAAUCAAGACCUCAUCAGAAUUAUCAAGUGGACGAAGAUCAAGAGAGGCCAAAUUAUAACCGAAAUGAAGAGAACGAACAAGGCGAGGGCACGGAUGAUGGUUGGCAAACUGCCCACAAGAAGCAACACAAGCGGCCUCAAAGGGUUCAUAUGGACCAUUGGGGUUCAUAUAAAAGUCCUCCAAGUGAGCAGCAAUACUCUGAGGACACUGUUGCUGAAAUGGAGCCAUCUGAAGUGGAGCUUUCUGACUACAGAAGCGCUUGUGCAAAGCUUUGGGAACUCGAUUAUAACCGUUUGACACCUGGAAAAGAUUAUGAACUUGAUGUUGGUGAGGGCAAGAGGGUCCAUGACAGGCAAGACAUGGCAGAAGCCAGUUUUUUUACAUGGGUUAGUGAAGAUGUUCUCAGAAAGCCAACCUUUUCUCGUUUCUGUGCCCUGCUUGACAACUACAACCCUUAUGAAGGAUGCAAGGAAAAAGUAACGGAUGAAGAGAGACGGGAACAAGCUGCAUUUAUUGAAGAGAUAAGUAGAACUGCACCUAUUAAGUACCUAUACAAGUACCUUUCAAGCAGGGGUAUCUUCACUGAGAAUUACCAGGAGUUUAAGAGAAUGCUAACAGACCUCUGGUUCACGCUUUAUGGUCGAGGUGGUACUUCUGGAUCAUCAUCGUCUUUUGAACAUGUUUUCGUUGGAGAAAUCAAACAGCGUGGGGAACAAGAAGUCUCAGGCUUUCAUAACUGGCUUCAGUUUUACCUAGAAGAAGCAAAGGGGAGUGCGGAUUAUCAAGGAUAUAUCUUGCCUCGCAGACAUGGGCAAUUUCCAGAUGCAGAGACACAGUUGCUCACAGUUCAGUUUGAGUGGAAUGGAGUCCUUAAAAACCUCUCAAGCAUGUUCGUCGGAGUGAGUCCAGAGUUCGAACUCGCCCUAUACACUCUCUGCUUCUUUGCAGGUGGAGAGGAAAACCAUAUAGAGGUUGGUCCAUACCCGGUUAAUAUCAAGUGCUAUCAUCUUGGAAACAAAAUUGGUUCUGCUUUUCCUAUAGCCGAGGCUUGAACAAGCCUUGCUGGGGAAACCUUGCAUUUCCGGCUAAAGAAGCUAUUGAAUUGUAAAAACUAAUGAUGGGAAUAUCAUUGUUGGUUGAUACUCGGACUCAAUAUUAUUUUUCUGUUAAAAAUUAAUGAUGGGAAUAUUAUUACAGGAAGGAAAGAAUGGAUUCUAAGUCUCUUUAUGUAGGAGUAUAUGGGAUAUGCUCAACUUGUAUGAAUUUUAAGAUUAUUAGAAUGGAUACUCCAACCCUUCCUGCCAAUACACAUAUUUGAUUAUUAAUACCUGUAAUUACGUAUUAGUAAAAUAUUAUAAAAUUUUCAUAUUACUAAA